CCAGUCCCCUCACUACCACCAGCCCCAGUCCCCUCACUACCACCAGCCCCAGUCCCCACACUACCACCAGUCCCAGUCCCCACACUACCACCAGCCCCAGUCCCCACAGUACCACCAGCCCCCUCACUAAUACCAGCCCCAGUCCCCUCACUACCACCAGCCCCAGUCCACUCACUACCACCAGCCCCAGUCCCCUCACUAACACCAGUCCCCUCACUACUACCAGCCCCAGUCCCCUCACUACCACCAGCCCCAGUCCCCACACUACCACCAGCCCCAGUCCCCUCACUACCACCAGCCCCAGUCCCCUCACUACCACCAGCCCCAGUCCACUCACUACCACCAGCCCCAGUCCCCUCACUACCACCAGUCCCCUCACUACUACCAGCCCCAGUCCCCUCACUACCACCAGCCCCAGUCCACUCACUACCACCAGCCCCAGUCCCCACACUACCACCAGCCCCAGUCCCCUCACUACCACCAGCCCCAGUCCCCUCACUACCACCAGCCCCAGUCCCCACACUACCACCAGCCCCAGUCCCCCCACUACCACCAUCCCCAGUCCCCUCACUACCACCAGCCCCUGUCCACUCACUACCACCAGCC